AUGCCACCCUUCACCUUCGCUCUCCUCCUCCUCCUCCUGCCGGAUGUGGCACCUGGGGUGCUGACCUUCCCUGAGCCUGGCCAUGGCCUCCUCCGGCAGCAGAACAGGGACUGGGUCAUCCCCCCCAUCCACUGCACCGAGAACGAGAGCGGGCCCUUCCCAAAGAAGCUGGUGCAGAUCAAAUCUAACAAGGACAAGGAGACAAAAGUCUUCUACAGCAUCACAGGGCCUGGAGCUGACACCUACCCCGUGGGCGUCUUCACCAUCGAGCGGGAGACAGGGUGGCUGGAGGUGACCAGGCCGCUGGACCGGGAAGAGAUGGAUAAGUACUACCUCUACUCCCACGCCGUGUCAGCCAACGGGCAGUCAGUGGAGGACCCGAUGGAGAUCAUCAUCACCGUGACAGACCAGAAUGACAACCGGCCUGUCUUCACCCAGCAAGUCUUCACCGGCUACAUUGAGGAGAAUGCGAAGCCAGGCACGUCCGUGAUGACCGUGAGCGCCACGGACGCCGACGAUGCGAUCAACGUCAACAACGGCAUCAUUGGCUACUCCAUCCUCAGCGAGGAGCCCCAGGGCACGCAGCGGAUGUUCACCAUUGACCCGAAGAAGGGUGUCAUCAGUGUCAUUGGCACGGGGCUGGACCGGGAGACCACUCCCAACUACACACUGAUCAUCCAGGCUGCAGACCAGGAGGGCACUGGCCUCACCACCACAGCCACUGCCAUUGUGGAAGUCACUGAUGCAAAUGACAAUGCUCCCUUUUUCGAUCCCACUAUGUAUGAGGGGACAGUGAAGGAGAACGAGGCUGGGGCACUGGUGACACGGCUGCAUGUGAAGGACCAGGACCUGCAGGGCUCCCCAGCCUGGCAAGCUGUCUACCACAUCAAGAGUGGGGACCCAGAAGGCGACUUCAGCAUCACCACCGACCCCAAAACCAACGACGGCAUCCUGAGAACCGCCAAGGUGGGUCCUGUGCCGCGCAACCGCCCCGCCGCUGGCCACCUUCCCCUGGUGCUGCCCGGCUCCUCUCUCCUCCCCUCUCAGGGCCUGGACUACGAGAGCAAGAACCAGUACAGCCUGGUGGUGACAGUGGAGAACGCCGUCCCCUUCACCGUGUCCCUGCCGCUCUCCACGGCCAGCGUCCUGGUGACAGUGUCAGAUGAGAACGAACCUCCUGUCUUCAUGCCCCCGCUCAAGAAGGUGGAGGUGAGGGAGGACCUGCCAGAGGGCCACCAGGUCACCUCCUACACGGCCCAGGAUCCAGACCGGGACCUGAAGCAGACAAUCACGUACCGCAUGGGCAUCGAUGCCGCGGGCUGGCUGGACAUCGACCCCGUGAAUGGCAUCAUCACGGUGGCUCAGCCCCUGGACCGUGAGUCGGUGCACGCCAUCAACGGCACCUAUGAGGCCCUCGUCCUGGCUGUGGAUAGCGCAUCACCGCCUGCCACUGGCACGGGGACUCUGCUGCUCCUGCUCGAGGAUGUCAAUGACAAUGCCCCCACACCAGAGCCACGGAGCUUUGCCAUCUGCAGACGGCAACCUGAGCCUCAGACACUGACCAUCGUGGACAAGGACCUGCCCCCCAACACCUAUCCCUUCAAGGCUGACUUCAAGCAUGGCUCCAAUGUCAACUGGACUGUCAGGGUGACCGGACAAGACACACUGGAGCUGAGGCCGCUGAAGGAGCUGGAGCCAGGGGAGCAAAAAGUGUACCUGGAGCUGUGGGACGCACAGGGCAAGUCACAGGUGACACCACUCAGCGUCCAGGUCUGUGACUGUGGAGUCCCUCCUGGAAACUCACCUGGUGAAGACACAUCCAAGCCAGCCAAUGGCUCACUGACCACACACGUGCUGAACACUGCCACGGGGCUGCCGGCCACUGGCCUUGCUAUCCAUGUGGCCCAGCUGCAGGAGCCUGGGACGCGGUGGACGGAGUUGGCACAAAGGUAG